AUUAUUGCUUCCACAGAGUGCCUGGGCCUGAGGCAGUGCAGGACUCCUAUAAAAGGCAGCCCAAUGCUCUGCUCUCUCAUCCACUUCUCUCGCCUCCUUCUCCUUGGGAAUCAGGUGAGCCUCUGUCCCAGAGACAUGUCCUGCUGCAACCCAUGUGUGCCCUGCCAGCCCUGUGGCCCAACCCCGCUGGCCAACAGCUGCAAUGAGCCCUGUGUCAGGCAGUGCCAGGACUCCACCGUUGUCAUUGAGCCCUCCCCUGUGGUGGUGACCCUGCCUGGCCCCAUCCUCAGCUCCUUCCCUCAGAACACCGUUGUGGGCUCCUCCACCUCUGCUGCUGUUGGCAGCAUCCUCAGCUGUGAGGGAGUUCCCAUCAGCUCUGGGGGCUUUGACCUCUCCUGCAUUACCAGCUGCUACUGUGGCAGCAGAUGUCGCCCCUGCUAAAGCUGCUGGGACCAUCCCUGGGCAACAACCUGCUAAGACCUUGAAACAUGGUCCUUGAAGGAGAUAGAGCUUCAUGGCAUUGCAUUCAGAGAUCUGAACCGUUGUUUACCUCUUCCACUUUCAUCUCUCAUUCUGUCCUCUGCUGUUUCUAUCUUUCAAGGCCAGCCUAGUGGGGACCUGUUGGACUCCCUCCCUCUGCAGGGCAGGCAGACCGACACCCUUCAGGAGUUUCAACACAUCUUUAUGACCCUUUGUGGUGUUUCCUUUUCUUCUUGAGUCUCAUUAAAGUUGUUUUGCAUCCAA